AGAGAACAAAUUUAUUUUAAGGGCAAACAAAACAAAAAAUAGUGAGAGGUGUAACUUAUCAAGGUAUCAAAAUGGGCUGCGUUGGUCUUGUGAAUUUAACAAGUAUCAAUCCACAUCGGCUUGUGCUCACAAACAAAAUCUACAACUCAAGAAGACCAUCAUCAUCCAUGGCUGCGAUUAGAGCAGAGUCUAUGGCUACUGAGAAACUAGGCAUCACCGUUGAGAAGAACCCACCUGAGUCCAAACUCACCCAACUUGGUGUUCGUAAUUGGCCCAAGUGGGGUUGUCCUCCAAGCAAGUUUCCAUGGACUUACAGUGCUAAGGAGACUUGUUAUUUGCUAGAGGGGAAAGUGAAAGUGUAUCCUGAGGGAUCAGAAGAAGGUGUAGAGAUAGAAGCAGGUGACUUUGUUGUUUUCCCUAAAGGAAUGAGUUGCACUUGGGAUGUCUCUGUUGCUGUUGAUAAACACUACCAAUUCGAGUGAAUGGCUCUCUCAAUCUCUGCUCUGCAUAUUCGUGUAUUCGAUAAGACUUGACAAAUCCUUUUAUGUUGAUGGAUAUAUACUUAGUGUUGUCUGUCACAUACAUAUAUCAGUCUAUGCGUUUUCGGGAUCUGUUUGCUUCGAUAUCAACAGAAAAUUCCGCGUUAUCCCGCUGCUCUUGCUUCCUGCUCAAUCCUCGUCAAUCAAAAUUAAGGUUGGAGUCUCAAAGAAGGAUCAUAGGUUUAACUGUAUUGGUAUGAGACUGCUUGGUGUACUAUUGAGAGUACUACACACUGUAAAUGACAUGUAUGAGAGAUUUAAGUACUUCGUAGGUUUAUUCA